AGGACCCCUUCAGCACUUUGUCUUAUUUCCUAAAGACUGCUCAGCAACUGUGCAGCUCCUGGGAGCCCCAGUGAGAGAACCUGAACCUUAGGCGCAAACUGUCCUCAAGGAAGCCACUUUUGCCAACUUAGCCAAACCACUUGGAAAAAGAGUACCAGUAACAUUUUGCGUUUGCUCCGCAGCUCUCCCCUGAGUCACCAUGGAAGACGUGACCAAGACCACCGUCCUCACACAGAGCCCUAUCAAAACUGAAUGGAAUUCCCGCUGUGUCCUUUUCACCUAUUUCCAAGGGGACAUUAGCAGUGUGGUGGAUGAACACUUCUCCAGAGCUCUGGGCAAUGUCAAGAGCCCCCAGGGACAGAACCCUUCCAGCCCUAGCGGAGACGUGCUGCUGAGGAAUGACAGUGACAUGCCUCCAAAUCAGUGGCAUUUCUCUGCUCCUUGGACAAAGCCACAGCCAGAAGUAUCUUUUGCAAAUGGCGCCGCUAGCUGCAACUUGAAUGGAUCUGGUCUCACGCCUAUGGAUCAGUACCCACUGUCCCUGACCGGGGGCCCCUCCAUUCAGCCUGGUGAGCUGUGGCAUUUCUCCUCCCUCGCCAGCCCCAGCUUCCCAGAGCCUGGCUACCCUCAUGCUUUUUCCACUGGGCACUUGGUUCCGGAGCCCCAGCCUGAGGGGAAGUAUGAGCCCCUCCUAAGUCUCCUCCAGCCAGAGAGAUGCCUAACCCAUCCUCAGGAAUCUGCCUCGUGGGAGGAUGGCAACUCUGCCCAGAUGGCCGGAAGCACAGGAUUUCUCUUCAACCUGCCUCCCAGCUCAGCCCACUUUAAGAAAAUCUAUUUCCCCCCUGAUGGUGGACCUGCCAGUGCCAGCUUUGCAGCUGAAAGUGAGUAUCUGCUUCUGUCUUUUAUAUCUUGUCUCCGCAUCCUGAGAACAAACUUGUACCAGAAAAACCAGGAUCUCCAGCAACUGAAAUGA